CGGACUACAUUAAUUAGUUUGAGUUUAACAUUUGUGUUGUACGCAACUCAACAUGUUGAAAGUAUCUCUUUUGCUGGGAGUCAUUCUGGUGGCGUUUGUGGCUGAGUCAGCCUGUCAGCGGUUUAUUCAGCCAACGUAUAGACCGCCGAGACAACGAAAACCUAUCAUACGUCGGGUCCGGGAAGUGGGUGAACUAACAUCACUAGCAGACGAUGUUCCGUACCUAUUAGAUGAAGUGGAGUUAUUGGAAAGGACUGCGAGGAGCUUAGACUCACCCAGUGCGAAACGCGGAGGUGGCAGCCAUUCGCCGUCAUCAGGAAGCCGUGAUACCGGCGCCACGCAUCCGGGAUAUAACCGUCGAAAUGCACGCAGCCUUGACUCUGUCGACAGACGUAACGCACGAGAAAUCAGACUCCCCGGUCAUCUCAAUCCUCUUAGGCCGAAGCCUUUGUACCCGCGACCAAGUGUUCCAGCACCGGUACCUCGCAUUCCCAUAUAUGCGAGAACUGCUCGUGAUAUUCAAAUUCCUGGAAUAAGGAAACCCACGCACCGUGACGUAAUAAUUCCGAACUGGAAUCCCAAUGUCAAAACGAAUCCUUGGGAUCGUCUCAGAGGACGACAUGUAAGGAGCAUAGACAUUACCAAGCUUAAUAAUGAUAUCGAAGUUGUAGAUUUCCCGCAUGAAAGAGUUGCUAGAGAUAUUCAAAUUGAUGGUCUGCCGAGGAAGCCUACGCAUCGUGAUGUGAUAAUUCCGAACUGGAACCCUCAUGCGCGCACUAAGCCGUGGCAGUCGCUUGGAGGGGCUGGUCGUGGUCAUUGAUAUAUAGGAAGUGCUAAUUAAAUAUAAUAUUGCGUUUAAAACAGGUAAAUAUAAAUUAAUU